AUGGUGACCAUCUCGUCCCUUCCUCGUUACGCCUGUUCCCUUCUCGGUGCCUGUUGGCUGAUCCAGGGUUCCUCUGUUUCUCCUCGUGGAGCAGGCGGAUGCGGACGUUGAUGUCGGGGGAGCGGCGGGGCAGCCCAAGAAGAGGACGUUCAAGAAGUUCUCCUUCCGAGGGGUGGACCUGGAUCAGCUCCUCGACAUGGGCACGGAUGAGCUCGUGAAGCUCUUCACCGCCCGCGCGCGAAGGAGGUGACCUCUCGCCACUUGCCCUUUUCUUUCUCAGAUGCCAGGGGGAGCCCCUCCUGUCACUGCUCUCUCCCUCCCCCGCCCAGAAGUACACACAGAACAACUCCUUUGGGCACCCGCCUGAUGAUGCGUCAUGUCUUCGAUGUCUGUGGUGGCGUAGGUUCCAGAGGGGCCUGAAGAGGAAGCCCAUGGCUCUCAUCAAGAAGCUUCGCAAAGCGGUACUUUCCCGUAGUUAUCUUCCUUGGCUGUUUCGCCUUCUAAUCUCGAUUCAUCUGGGCCGGAGACAUCUGGAUGCCGCAUCUUUGACCUGUCGAUUGCAUCUCGAUUGCUGAUGCCAGUUAAAAGCUCGAAUCUAUGUAGCCGAUGCCUGUUAGACAGAUUGGGUUGUUCUUUAUAUACUCCGACGAUAUUUCUGCAUAUAUGAAGGUUACAAUCGGGUUGGAAACGAUGCCUCGAAAUCCCAAUUCAGCUGCCCAUAUUCCAAUUAAUUCUCUUAUAUGCAUUUAAAAUGACCGUGAAAAAUAAAAUUCCUUCUUCGUGUGGAUAUAUAAUUUCUGCACACCUUUUUUUUAUCAAUUGUAUAUUCGUUCGUGUUAACUUCUUGACGAACCUUAGAGAAUUUUUUGCAAGGGACCAUGGUUUGUUUGCCCAUCUUCAUGCUCUGGGAUAAGCUUCCUUGACUUUACUCUGUCUUGUAUCAAUCAUCACGCUAUUUCUUCGAUCAGAUUAUUGGUAUUUUUUAGGGUUUGUUUACCCAGAUAGCAUCCGAUUUCAUAUGUUGCUGCGAGUUUAAUUUUUUUAGUUGGGCAGUUUGUUUAUUAAAGGGGUGCUAGAUAACCUUUUUCAGCAUUCCGAAGAAAAUAUGUCGUCUCUCUAGGCGCUGUUUUGAUGGAGGACGGGUUUUUUCUAAAUGCAUUCCUACUUUAGAUUGUAUCAAACUAGUAAAUCCGGCAAGGGCUUCAAGAGAGGAACUUUCGUUCUGUCAUGAGACCCAUUAUUUCUAGUCCUUUGAGGUUCGGGUUCUUCUGCUCGGUUUUCUGUUUGAAACGCCCCUGCUAUUGAAUUCAAGUCAGCUCCUAAGCUGCCUGCAUCGAUUCGGACAUUUCUCCUGAAUUCCAGUUCCCAAUUUAGAUUGCUCUACGCCGAAUCUUUGGUUUUUCUAUGAUGGGUCUUGUUGCUUUAUUCAUAUCCCAUGUGUUGGAUGGGGGAUUGCAGAAGCGUGAUGCCCCUGCGGGUGAGAAGCCAGAGCCCGUGAGGACCCACCUCCGCAACAUGAUCAUCGUCCCUGAGAUGAUCGGCAGUAUCAUCGGCGUCUACAAUGGCAAGACCUUCAACCAGGUCGAGAUCAAGGUGCGCUUACUUUCUCUCUCCGGUUCCAGAUAUGAAUAAUCUCUCUCUCUCUCUCUCUGUGUGUGUUUCUAUCCAAUGUCUAUUGACGAUGGUGGUGACGUGUUUGUUGUGUGCAGCCGGAGAUGAUCGGGCACUAUCUGGCGGAGUUCUCCAUCUCGUACAAGCCGGUGAAGCACGGGCGGCCCGGUAUUGGAGCCACCCACUCGUCCAGGUUCAUCCCUCUCAAGUGA